AUGGCACAGAAUACACUGUGUGCACAGCCUUCAGGUAAAUAUGUAGGAUCAAAAACACCUCUCUUUCUGGGCGUAAGUAUUGAGCUAUCACAAUUGCGGCCAAUUGCAUUUCGUGUAUUUACAAAAAGACAUAAUUUAACAUUAAAAUCCGAUGCUUUUAAGGAGCUUGCGGCUUUUAUAGGAAGAAAAUGUGGUCAGAACUGGCAUGAAGAGAGUGAAUCUGUACUGGAUGAGAUUGCUCGGCUUUGGAAGAAAUCUCAAGAAAACAAUUUUCUUGUCUCAGGUCAUUUGCUUCUUCCUAUUCUUAAAACAUGGAGCUUGUCAUAUAGUUCAAAAUUUGCGGAAGGACAAGUAUCAACCUUAUUGGAUAAUAAUACACUCUCCAACACGCCAUUGAAUGCAGUAUCAGAAAAUAAUUUUGACACCAAAGAGUUUUUUGUGUAUGUAGAUGCUUUUACUCAACCAAAAUAUGUUUUUGAUAUGACACACAAGUUAUUUAAACGCUCAGACGAAUUGCCCAAAAUAUUUGGAAAUGCUUCACAUAAAAUUUCAAUUUAUAGAGAGAGAUUUUACCUUAUUAAGCAAAGAUUACUUUCUAAUCCAGCAUUUCAAGAGCCAGGGUUUUAUGGAUUGAUAUUUCAUAAAGAAUGGCAUAAAAUUGGAAAAGAAUUUAUGUUACUUGGAAUGAUAUCAUAUGGUCCUGAUGGAAAACUUUGGUUAGAAGAUACAGAUGACAGGAUUAUGUUGGAAACAGAUGAAGCAAUUAAUGGAGGAGGGUGGGUUGUCCCAGGGUGUAUUAUAUUAGCAGAUGGCAUAUAUUUGGAAAAUGGAGCAUUUCAUGUAUUUGUCUUUGGACAUCCUCCAUGUGAACCUAAACAUUUAUCAGAAAAAUUAUUUGAACAUGUUGACUUUCUGGGAAAGAAUUAUGAUGAAUUAACAAAAAAACGCUUAAAAGAUGAAGAGGCAAAACUUGAUCAUAUACGAUUUGUAUUUGCGGCAGAUGUUAUGCUUGAUGAUAUUUCAACUAUGAAAGCUCUUAGAAAAAUGCUUAAUAUGUAUGAAAUACGGGACGAUAUUUUCCCUGAAGCUAUUGUUUUAAUGGGAAGUUUUAUUUCUGCACCAUUUCAUAAUAAUGGAUUUUCAGCUGAUUAUAAAGCAUUAUUUAACUCAUUGGCGUUUCUAUUAGAAUCAUUUCCGAAACUUACACAAAAGUCAACUUUUAUUCUUCUACCUGGACCUAAUGAUCCUUGGGCACAAGGAGGCAUACCGCUACUUCCACAGAAGGGAAUUCCUAAAGUUUUCACCAACAGGAUUAGAAAAUUAUGUAAACAUGUAAUUUUUGCUAGCAAUCCAUCAAGAUUAUUAUAUUUUACACAAGAUAUUGUAUUAUAUAGGGAUAAUACCAUGGAGAGACUAAGAAGACAUUCGCUUUGCUUUAAUAGUAUACAUAUAUCAUCUAUUCAUGAAAAUGAACCAAAUGAACCAAAUGAACCAAAUGAACCAAAUGAACCAAAUGAAUCAAAUGAAUCUAAUAAAAAUCUGAAUAAUGAUGUGUCUAUAAAUAAAGUAAAAAACAAUAUUAAUGAACAAGAGAACAACAUAUCCGAUUGUUCAUCAGACUCUCAACAAACUCAAAACCUCGUUCGGACUUUAUUGGACCAAUCUCAUUUGUCUCCAUUUUCUUUAUCCUCCAGACCAACUUUAUGGGAUUUUGAUCAUACUUUAAGACUUUAUCCAAUACCGCAUUUGAUGGUAAUUGCUGAUACGUCUUGCCAUGCUUUUCACAUUUCUUACUGUGGAUGUCUUAGCAUAAACCCUGGGAAAUUAGCAUAUAGCCAUAAAGCAUCUUGGGCAGAAUAUAAUCCAACUAAAAAUAAAGUGACUCUUUUUCAAGAACUGAUAUGA